AUGCAACUGGAAUGCUUAGAAUUGGCCGGCUGCACCCUUGACCGGUACAUUAUUGUAGAUAAUUCCCGCCCUUCAUUUUUAGAAAUAACUGGAAUAGCAGCACAAAGGAGUCCAACAUGCAGUGGAUUGAACGCAGGAGACUACAGGAACCUUGCAGCCAUACUCAAUCACCAAAAUUUAUCGCAGCUGAAAAUAUUAAACAAAGUGCCUUUGCCACCAGAAAUUAUGGAGCAUUUUGCUCAUAUGCAAUGUCAUUGUUUGAUGGGAGUAUUUCCAGAGAUAAGUAGAGUGUGGCUGGCUAUAGACAGCAAUAUUUAUGUAUGGGCAUUUGAGCAUGGGUGCGAUGUUGCCUAUUUUGAUGGUUUAGGAGAGACCAUUGUGAGUGUUGGUUUAGUGAAGCCGAAGCCUGGAGUAUUUCAAAAUUUUGUAAAAUAUCUACUUGUAUUAACAACCACAGUGGAAGUUGUAGUUUUAGGUGUAACAUUUUCAGCUAGUAAAAAUGAUGGAACAGGUGAAUUUGAAGAGAUACACUUAGUGCCAGAACCAGUUUUUGUCUUACCAACAGAUGGUGUAUCUAUGAUGUGUGUGAAGUCCACAGCAAAGGGACGCAUUUUCAUGGGUGGUAAAGACGGAUGUCUGUAUGAAAUUACGUACCAGGCUCAGUUGGGAUGGUUUGGUAAACAUUGUAAGAAAAUUAAUCAUUCCACAAGUGCUCUUUCAUUUUUGGUACCUUCAUUUCUUAAUGCAGCAUUGUAUGAUGAAGAUCCUAUUGUUAAAAUCGAAGUUGACAAUUCCCGACAUAUUUUAUACACAUUAAGUGAAAAAGGCUGCAUAGAAGUGUUUGAUUUGGGAAGUGACGGAGAAAGUAUAAGUAGGGUUGUGAGAUUAACACAGGGCAAAAUUGUGUCUUGUGCUGUCGAUAUUGUAAGAACAUUAGAAGCCAGUAACUUUAAACCAGUUAUUGCAAUAUCUGCUGUGGAUGAAGCUGAGUCGGAACAUUUAAACCUUGUAGCUGUAACACAAACUGGCGCAAGAUUGUAUUUUAGUACUGGAAGUGUGGACAUUAAUCAAAGUGGACCACAAAGGCCUCAAUACCUUAGUUUACUGCAUGUGAGGUUGCCACCAGGAUUUACCCCUAAUUCUUCAGUAUUAAGACCCAAACAAGUGCACAGUGCUGUAUAUGAAAAUGGUACACUAGUGAUGGUGUGUUCAGCCGGAGGUGGUGGUGAAGCUGAGACACUAUGGUGUCUAUCACAAGUGCUUCCAGGAGGUGCGGGCUUCAGCGAAGCUCACACAGUGCUGGCAUUAGAUGGUCCUGCGUGGGCUCUCACUGCAUUGCCACCACAGCAAGCAACGCGGCUUUCUUCUGCCUUGCUAUUGAAACGAGAGGUGUGGGCGUGGUCUCGGUGGGCAGUGGUGACGGCUGCGGGCGCGGCAGUGUUGGCAGCUGGUGCGGCGCCCGAGCUGCUGCGCACCUUGUUACGUGACUGCCGCGGUCCUGACGCGCAACCCGUCAAAGAUUUCUUCCAAUUACAUAGAGUGGAACAAGCAUGUGCUUGUGCUUUGUACUUGGCUUGCGAGGAAAUAACAAGUGGCGAUUUGUCUAUCAGUGAGUGGGCGACGCGUGCUUUCUACCUUUACGGUAGUCAGCUUACACCUGCACCUAUAUAUCAGCAAACUUCGCAAAUGCCUUCAAGCAGCAUAGGAUCUCCGAAGUUUUCACCUCGUCAAAUGUCUACACCAAUGACAAUGAGAGGUCCACAAGAUCAAAUUAGGCCCGGUCAAGUGAAUCAAUCGUAUCAGCAAGCACAUAUGAAUCAGUCUGUAGGUGGGGCACCAAACCAAUCUGUGAUGCCGCAGUCACCACUCCAUCACAAUGUAAUGAGUCCAACUGCAUUUAAUCAGUCAUCAUUUUUGGGCAAUGUAACUCAACAUCAAAGAGAUCCAAACUAUCCAAUACAAGUAGAGUACAGUGCUAAACACAAUGCAAUGUACAUAUAUGUGGGUAGAAUUCUUUCACCUAUUUGGAAUCUAAAGUGUGUUUCCAUUUCUCUUACACCAGACAAAAAAGAAUUUAUGAGCAGUAGAGUAACGGGCGAAGACUGUGCAUACAUUGUAAAAAAGUUACAACGUGUCGUGGCGUUCAUGCAGCGCCCGGUGGCUCCACCGCAUUCAGAAGAACAUGCGUCCAUACAUGCAUUGAAGCUUUUUAUAACUAUGGCAAUAGAAAUGUUAAGCCUAUGGCAGGUUCUCUGUGAACAUCAAUUCCAUGUGAUUGCUGCUAGUCUUCCCCCUGAUCAACAGAAUGCUCUGCAAGCAGCAAGUUUCAGGGAGUUGUUAGUAGGAGGGCAAGAAGUAGCAUGUUUGUUGCUUGGAUCACUUGUAGCUGGCUACCUACGUGAUAACGCCUCGGUGGACGGAAUAUCACAGAAGUUACGCCAGUUGUGCCCAACAUUGUAUAGACAAGAAGAUGCUACAUGCUCUAAGGCGAAUGAAUUGUUAAUUUUCGCUAAACAACAGAAGAACCCAGCAGAAAGAGAGGAGAUGCUACAACACGCGUUGAAGUUAUGUAAGGAUGUGGCGCCAAAUUUGAAUUUGCCUUUGAUUUGCUCAAAACUUAUAUCUGUUGGAUUUUAUUCUGGAGUGGUGGAACUCUGUGUAGCUUGUGCUAGUAAACUUGAUCCUCAGGACAAAGCACUUCACUAUUAUAAAAGUGAUCAGCCUUCGCAGGACAGAGAAGGUCAUCUCGCAUAUUACAGAAGAAUGGAAAUUUACCGAGAAGUUUGUGGAGCGCUAGAACGUCUUUACGAGCGUAGCGCGGAGGCGACCAGCAAUGACAUGUCUCCAUUACGCUCCAACGCAACUCCCGCCGCUGACGCUACGCUCACGUUAUCAGCAGCAGAUGCCAACUACCAGGGAAGAAAACUAGUUUGGGAAUGUUUAUCGCGAGACGACGAGCUUCUUCAUGUAGCAGUUUACGAGUGGCUGGUGUCUAAGAAUCUGGGUUCAGAGUUGAUUUCAUUGGGAGUAACUCCGCCGGCCUCGCUACGUACUUACCUUCAUCGAGCCGCCCGCGCUGCUUCACCGCCAGCGGCUUUACAAUUAUUGGACUUGCUUUGGAAGGUUCUGGAACGCGCAGGUGAACAUCUGGCAGCCGCUGAAGUGCUCGAAGGGCUUGCUACUAGACCUGGGUCGGGCGCGACGCUGUCGCAGCGCAUGGCGUGGCUGUCGGCGGGCGUGGUGUGCGUGCGCGGCGCGGGCGCGGCGGGGGUGGCGGCGGCGAGCUGCUGCGUCGGCUGGAGGAAGCGGCCGAGGUGGCGCGCGUGCAGGCCGCAGUGCGUGCCGCCGCCGCCGCGCGUCGUCCGCCGCCGCCGCACCACCUGCUGCGCCGCCUCGAUGACGAACUGCUCGAAAUCACGCAGCUUUACGAAGAGUAUGCAGAUCGCUACAAUCUGUGGGAGUGCAAAGGCUGAAGCCACCGCUAGGAACUUACCCACCGCAGAUGAACGUCUUGCAUCUGUACUUAGCAAAUUAACUACAUUAGGAAGAGAAUAUGUUAAUACCGGACAUUGUUUUCCCCUUUAUUUUAUUGUGCGUCAAUUAGAAAUAAUGAGCUGCAAAAUGCAAUCAGAAAAGAGUAUGGUGUUUAAAGCCAUUUUGAAUAUAGGAGUAUCGUUAGAACAAGUGCUUGAUAUUUAUAUAAAGCUGGUGAGCGUGAACGAGCGCGUGUGGCUGGGCUGCGGCGAGGAGUCGCACGUGUGCGCGGUGGCGGCGCUGCUGCUGCAGGCGGCGCGCAGCGAGCUGCCCGCGCUCGCGCACACGCCGCGCCGCCGCGCGCUCGCGCGCUGCAAGGACCUGCACGAGGCCGCGCUCUCCGCGCUGCAGUCCCGACCAAACACCAAGCAUCUCAUCGAUAAGCUUACAGUGGCGCAGGCGUAUUUGGAUCGUUUGGAUUAA